AUGGAAGAGGGUAGUCUGGUUGAGCCACUCAGUGUUGCGGUUCAUGCUUGUAGACGGGCAAACGUGCAGAUUGGGCAAAAAGUACUAAUACUUGGUGCAGGUCCAAUCGGUUUAGUGAAUAUGAUGACAGCCAAAGCGAUGGGUGCAUCGAAAGUGCUUAUGACUGAUAUUGUCGAGAAACGUUUGGAGUUAGCCAAACAACUUGGUGCUGACUAUACGCUGAAUGUCAGUGGAUUGAAACCUGAAGAAGCGGCCAAUAAGAUUGUUCAGCUGCUUGGUAUGUCGCCUGACUGUGCGAUUGAAUGCACUGGUGUUACGUCGAGCAUUGAAACUUCUAUUCAUGCAGUGAAAAGCAGUGGUACAUUGGUGGUGGUUGGAAUGGGCAGUGACCGAGUUGACAUCCCAAUUAUUGUGGCUGCUGCGAAGGAACUCGACAUUCGUGGAAUAUUCCGUUAUGUUAAUUGUUAUCCAACAGCGAUUGAGAUGAUUGCAUCGGGAAAAGUGGAUCUAAAGGGAUUGACAAAAGCGCACUAUAAGUUGGAAGAAUCACAGGAUGCGUUCAACAGAUUCCUCAAAGGCGAUGUCAUCAAAAUAUUCAUUCAAUGUGACGAAACAUCGUAA